AGAUGGAAGACAGAUGAAAGGGUCUUACAUGACGUGAACACGCGAAGCUUCGAAGUUUGAAGGACGUGUUCAUUUAGUUUUCCAGUGAAUCGAUUUGCGAUAUCUCGUUUAUUUAGAAAUACAAGGUGUUAAUUGCUUCCGAGUGAGUCGCUAAGCUGUGGAUUAAACCUUUAACCACGGUAGUAUGCAAACAACACACAAUUUGAGUCGCUUCCGUAGGUUCGUAUCAAAAUAUCAAUGUAGAAAUAUUUGACCACAAGCUAGACGGACGCGCGUCUAUCGACACCAAUAUCGGUAAUCUGCGGUAAUUAACUCUAGAGAAGGGAGGAAGUCUGCCAAUAGCAAUCACAGACUUCCUCAUGGAUCCCAGCUCUGUAAACGAGCAGCUCAAUGACUAUGACAAACUCUACCUGUUGAUGUUCAAAUGGAGGAUCAUCAGGUUGUUCAACCCCUUGUGUUAUGCUGCCGGUGUGAAAAGUGUCACAGAUCUAGAGCAACAACUUUUGACAAACAUGGACCAUGUGAAGAAAAAGCUGCCAAGCUGGGCACAAUCUCCAUCAUUUGAUGAAGAUUUGAAAAGCAUUCAAAAUAUGAUCGCAGAUUCAAAGACUGUGAAAUAUGAGGACUUGCCAGAACUCCUUGAGAUCCAGAAAAAUAACUAUAAGGAGGAGUUGGAAGCUGCAGGUGUUUCGAUGAUACAGAAGGAUUGUGUUUCACUACAAACUAAAAUAGCUCUUGGUCGUCCCUACUCUGGUGAUGUGUAUAAUGCCCAGUUGACUCAAGGUCACAAUAAGAUUGAUGUUGUUCUACGGUAUGAUUUAGGUCCAGCACAACGUGAUUUAUUUAUAAGAGAAGCCAAAAUACUGGCUGGCAUCCAGCAUGAGUACAUCAUGAAGUGUUUUGGAGUUGUGAUACUUGGCUCUUAUGCAGACUCUGUAGCACUGGUGGUUGAGCUAUUCAGUAAAGGUAACCUAGAGGAGUUCCGUGUUCCAUCAUUGUUUCAUGCAUGGCUGUAUGCUUCACAGCUUUCUUCAGCGCUGGAAUAUCUAGAAUCUAAACACCUUGUACAUACAUCAGUCGUGGAGCCCUUUGUCUACAUUGCAUCGCUUGAAAAGAUCAGUGUUGGUGGCUUUAUGUGCUGCUGUUAUGAGGAAGAAAUGGGCAAAACGCAGCUGGCAGAUUACCGUACAAUAUCUGGACACCAAGGACACCGUCUAGAUGAUAACUCAUUCAAGGGAGUGGCUGCCAUGUUUGCUCACCUUGUUAUUGGGAUGUUCAGAUAUUUGGAUUCUCACCAUUCAAGUCAGUUGCUAAAACUUUUUCCGAAACGCAACAAGACGUGGCCUCUUGUAUGUCCCAGUGGUGUUGCUUCCCUUCUGGACCGAUGUCUAGAUAAGGAUGUAAACAAGAGGCCAACAUUUCAAGAAAUACAUCAGAUCCUUGCAAAGGAAAGACCCGUUAAGUUAUGUUUCACAACCAGCAAUUCUUCUGUUGAACCAAGCGAGCUUUCAUAUAAAGAAGGAGAUAAAGUCUGGGUUAUAUCACCAAAUGUUACAAGCUAUCGUGGUUGGUGGUUUGGUCAAAAAGAGAAUGGAACGGCAGGAUUUUUUGAAAGGGCCAAAGCCAUAGAAACUGAUGAUGAUGAUGAUCAAGGUAAGUUACAAGUGUGUUUACUCUUUGUAAAAUGUGCUGGUUAAAAAGUUCUAUUUGAGGACCUUAAAGGCCAGAGCAAUGGAAUGACAAAACUUCUUCUAGGAUUGCCAUCAUUCCUCCCUUCUGCUGUUCUGUCAUUCUGCCAUUCCGGCUAUAAGGGUCACCCGUUUUAUUCCACCAGAGAGAGGUACUGGGAAAAAUUACGAGUUAGUACCUUGUGUCACUGACUGAUCACUCCCUUUCUCACAUUUGUACCAAGUUCAAAAAAUGCUUUUGAACCUUGAUAUCUUGAACUCAAUUGUCUCAAACACCCUGCUGUGUGGAACUCAGGUCAUUUUUCCUUGGAUAAAAAUUACACGAUUUCAGCCAUUUACGAUCAGCUCACUCAAAGUUAUUUUUGUUUCCGUGGAGAGUGUGAGUUAGAGAGGCUCACCUGUACCCACCAUCAUUUCCUUUUAAGUACUUCUCAAGUUAGCUGCAUGUAUCUUACUUAUGCCUUUACUGCUGUCGCCAUCAAAUACUGGGUAUAUAUAACACGCACUCUGAUUGGCUAGUUGUGGGGCAUUAUUCUCCUAUAAUGCCCAUGGGCCUGCAAAAACAAAGCAAGAAAACAUAUAAUAAGUAACUUAUUAAAGUGCACCUAACACCAAAAAUUU